CCGCCGGCGGCCGGUGCGGCGCGGGGGGUGCGGUGCGGCGCGGCGCGGCUGGGCUCGGCGCGGCGCCGUCGGGCGGGGGGCCGCGGCCAUGGUGGAGCGCGCAGACGAGGCGCCGCUGCUCUUCUGGGCCGAGGGCCCCGCCGUGUCGGCGCCGCCGCCCGCGGCCGAGGCGGGCGGCGGCGGCGGGCGGCGACUCGGUGGCGGCUGGAGCGCGGUUCCGUGGGGCGGCGCGGGGCCGGCGGAGGCGGCGGGGCCGCCGCGGGCGGAGGCGGAGGAGGACCAGAUCGUGGCCGUCUUCGUGGUCACCUUCGACCCCCGCACGGGCAACAUGGUGGAGUGGUGUUUACCCCAAGAUAUUGAUUUGGAAGGCGUGGAAUUCAAAUCCAUGGCAAGCGGGUCUCACAAAAUCCAGUCAGAUUUUAUUUAUUUCCGGAAAGGGCUCUGUUUUGGCCUGGCCUGCUUUGCCAACAUGCCUGUGGAGAGUGAGUUAGAGCGUGGUGCCCGCAUGAAGUCCGUGGGGAUUCUCUCUCCUUCCUACACCCUGCUGUAUAGGUACAUGCACUUCCUAGAGAAUCAGGUCAGACACCAGCUGGAGAUGCCAGGGCACUACUCCCAUCUAGAGGCGUUCUAUGAUGAUAAGAAAGGAGUUCUCCCUGACAGCAAGGGCACUCCCACCUCCCAGCAACCUGUCCACUGGCUGCCAUCCAUCCACAGAUACAUGUACCCAGAGAUGAAGAUCACACACCCUGCUGGCUGUAUGUCUCAGUUCAUCAAAUUCUUCGGUGAGCAGAUCCUUGUCCUCUGGAAGUUUGCCCUGCUGCGCAAGCGCAUAUUGAUAUUUUCACCGCCCCCAGUUGGAGUUGUCUGCUAUAGAGUGUAUUGCUGCUGUUGCCUUGCCAAUGUUUCUCUGCCCGGUCUUGGAGGAACUGUCCCAGAGUCCAAACCAUUCUUCUAUGUGAAUGUGGCAGACAUAGAAAUGCUGGAGACAGAAGUAUCAUAUGUGGCCUGUACAACAGAAAAGAUCUUUGAGGAGAAACGGGAUCUCUAUGACGUCUAUGUGGACAACCAGAAUGUGAAGACACAUCACGAGCAUCUGCAACCACUCCUGAAAAUUAACAAUGCCGACAAGGAGAAGUACCGACGGCUCAAUGACCAGAGGCAGAUGUUAAUGUAUUCUCAAGAAGUGGGUGAGGAUUGUAGCUCCUGUGAAGAGGACCUUUUCAUCUUGUUUUUCAUGGAGCAGAACAACCGCAUAUUUCAGACACUGAUGGAGGUGUCGGCUAGCCAGGACAAGACACUGACAGCUGACCACGCACGAGGCAUGGGCCUGGAUCCCCAAGGGGAUCGAAGUUUCCUUAUGGACUUGCUGGAAGUGUAUGGCAUUGAUGUUAUGCUAGUCAUUGACAACCCCUGCUGCACUUAAACCAAGAGCCAGAGAGAUGGGGAGCAAAGAUCACUUCUUUAAGACUACCAGACACUGCUUAGGAGGAUCACUGGAACUCACCACAACCACAGUUAUUUAAUAACUUUAUAUGGAGAGUAUUUAUAAUUUUAAAACAAAAUGUGAUUUUAUUUUCUCUCCCUCGACCUCCCAAUGAGUACCUGGCUCCAGGGUUUUUUUUGUUUGUUUCUAUCUCCCUUUCUCUUUUAUUUGUGUUUGUUUUGUUUAGAUAGGACCAGUGGCACCUUUGCACCAAUCCUCACUGUUGCCAGUGUUGCCAGUGAUAGCUGGGUUUUGGCCUAGCCUGGAUACCUGAGGUCUGAAGACUUCAGGAAAGCACUUUGAUGUGAAAUGCUGUAGCUGAGCUCUCAAGACUUGACUGGAAAACGCUCCUGUCACCCCUCUUCCACUUGGGGACUGAAGAGAGUUUUGGCACAGGCUGUUAGCAGCCCAGUCUCAUAGAACAUCUGUCCUACUACGUUUAUUGGUGGGGACAGUUAAACCAAUGAUAAAACCCAGGACUCCUUUGAACACCCCUCACCCAACUUUUAGCAGCCGAGUUGGAUUAAAGUCACCCCUCCUCAUCAAUGACAGAAGCAAGUCUGUGAUACCGGGGUGCUACAAGAUCUUAUGACUUUGCUUACUGGAGCAGCAGAGUUUCACUUCCAUCAUUUGAAGCGGUAUAAACUGGCAAAGACUAAGCCUACCUGUCUCAUAGCUGGAGAAGAGCACCAUCUGUACUUAAUCCCUCCUACCACUUUCUCUGGUUUUUGGUUGCCUCACACCUGCUGCUUUGGUAUAAAAUCUUCAAACCAGCAAGAUGGUCUCUCAUUUAGCAGGGACCAACAUCACUAAGCCGCCUUGCAGUUACUAUGUUCUCUGGCCUCAGCUCAGGUGGUGCUGGGCCGGAUUGGGUUGAAUAAGUAUGCUUUAACUGAUGUCACUUGCCCUUCUUUGUAGCAGAUGGUACUUGUCACUCCUUUGCUUUAACAUUUCUGCUGAUCCUCCUUUUGUCAAGCAGCCUUCAGCACUGCCUGCUGCUGUCCUUGGUUUUCAGUGCGAGACAGAGCGCGGUAUGUGACCUUUCAGCUAGAACAGCUUCACAGUUUGCAGGAGGUUCCCUUGAAGUUUGAUGUUUUAAACUGGCACAGCUGCUAGAAGCAAUGUCUAACAGCAUGCCUUUUUUUUAUUCCUGGGCAGAGAAGCUGUAGAACCAGAUGAAGAGUGUUUUCUUAUUCUUGUGCUGUGGAAAGAAUAGGAUUCAGUUCAUGCAGGACCCAUGGUUACCUCCAGGAAGGCUGUCCCAGUAAAACGUAAUCCCUUCGCUGUGUAAAAUCCCGGAAUGGUACUGUGGGUUCUAGGUGUGACAUGCUGCUUUGCCCAAAAUCCUUCAGCCAGUAGUAGCAUCAGCUCUAAGCCAACUGUUCUUCCUGAACUGUGGCUAUAGCUAAUUAGCUGCUGCUUCUACCGUAAUAGACUUCAGCACCCUUAGAGGCUUUCUGCAGUUUGUAGAAAUGCAAACUGUAGCUGAUGUAUCCAUUUAUCCUAGCAUUUUGUAGGAUGAGACCCAGCGUGAACCACCAAAGUCUCACCUGCUAAUUCUUUUGAAUAAGAAGGGGAGCAAAUGCUUUCCAAGUAGACCCAUUGUGGGUUGUCUCCCUCCUGGAAGGAAGGAGGCUGGCAUGUCCUGUUUUUCCUUGAAGGCUGGCUAUCUGCAGCAAAGGGGUCGUUUUGCUUGCUGUGGAUUCAGAGGUUUUAUUGAGGUGUGGGAUCAGGAGCCUCAGAAGGCUUUUUGCACAGUUCAUUGGUAUGAGCUUCAGCAUAUUAUGUUCCUGUGAUCUGCCUGUCUCUGAGCAGUUGCUCCCCUGCCUGCAUUGUCAGGGCUUGAAUGUUUUUGUACAAGAUAAAACAUGCUGCUGCUUGUUUUGCCAGCUGCUCACAACUGUAACAUAAUCAUCCUUAGAAGGCUGGGGAAAAAAAUGAGAAAGAGGAGAAAAAAAUGGGGAUGAAUAUCAUUUAAUGAAAAGACUAGUCUCUUUUCCUUAAGAAAAGGCUUUGUUUGUAAAUUGACACCUCCAGUAUAAAAGUGAUCCACAACAUCCAUGCUUUUUUCUGACUUCUACUUCAGUUUUAACACGCUGUCUGCAGUGAAGAUCCCUGAGGAAGUAUAGCUGGCACUGUAUUGGUCACUUAACUUCCUUCAAAUACAAAAAAGGGAACCGAAACUGCUUUUUAGCAAUUCUUCCUCUCAUUUUCUUGCAGGUUUGCUACAUAGUUUAACCGUGGCCAGCUGUUAAUGACUUUCUGUUCUCUUCGAUGUGAGUAGCAAUUCUGCUGAACUAAAUAGAAACAAACCUUUAAUUUGUCAUUGAAAUUUUAAAGCCUCUGCACUCAGAGGAUUUCUAACACCCUGCAUUAGAGUGCUGUGUUCACACGCUGUCAGAACAUCAGGUCUACUAGACGGCACUGCUAGAGCCUACCAAGCAGAGCCUCCUGAAAUUACUAUUUGACAUUUAUUAAACCUCUGUUUUCCAGGAACUAGGUCUUCAGUUGCUAGCAGUCAUGUGGGUACAGGAGCAUCAAAGCAAGCAGAUUACUGUCAAAGUAGCAUCCGUGCUACAUCCCAGCUGGAUGGCUACAGCAUGUUUUGCUCUUCCUUGUAAUUUUGCUUCUCUACAGCCCCUCUUGGCAGGUGACUGCUACAAAAGUCAGAAAGUUGCCAGACAGGAAACAGAACAAAAAGACUUCUCUUUCCUAAGCUUGUUUGAUUUGCUGCAAAAGACCUUUCCACCUGCACUCUCCUUUUCUAGUAGACAUUGCUUUUAUUGUAGACAGAUGUGGAAAGUCCUUGGUAAGUGGGUACAUAAUACAAACAAAUGGCUACGGCUUGGGACAUGAAGGCUUGUUCAGCAGGCUGGUUUUGUUUGGAACCAAUUUAGCUGGAUCUUAUCUUUCCAGGAGAUAACUUAAUUCAAGAUGAAACAGUUCAGUGCAGGCAUUUAAAAUCCCCUCCUUGACACUUAAUAGUUGCUUUUUUGAAUACUAGCAGCUGGAAGGGAGACAGUUACUUGGUGUAUUUUGAAUUAAAAGAGAGAGAAAAGCGUGGCAGAAGGUAGGAUAUUGCUAAUUACUAUAAAAUCCCCUUCUCCAUUUGAAGUACUUUGCCUUUACAGUGGUGCCUUUAAUGUCUUUGGUGUGAUGCCUCUGGUCGGUUGCUUGUGGUCAGAGCCCAGGCUGAACAGUGGUUACAGUCACCGUGUAGUGUGCCCUGGUAGACCAAGUCUGUUACGUUUCUUUCUUAACGCCCAAGACACAGUAUAGCCAUAGCAGGUUCUCAUUUGGUACUUCCGAGUUUAAACAGGCGAGCAAGAGCUUCAUAAUGGCAUCGUAACUCAAGUUGCACUAGAAAGGUGUAAUCGCGUAAUAAUUUAUUACUACUGGCACUAUCCGAUUGGAGGGUAAAGCCUGGGAGAGAGAAGUAAAAGCUAGAUUUUCAAUCUGAACAAAGGACACCAUUGUCAGGCAUUUCAAUGAUGCAGAAGUCUUCCCACUGCAAAGUUAGGCCAAGCUGCGCAAAGCCAAGCGCAGCUAAGAACUAUAAUGGGUAUUAGGAGGAAGGCCUUUUCCUUGGAGUUCAGACUUGUCUGGCAGACAUCCUUCUUUUCUAGCAUCUAUGAAGUAGUUACUCCAACGUAUGUUAGAGCUAAUGGUGACGUCUGUUACAGGAGAUGAGCUUGCCUAUCCAGCAUCCUUAUAGGCAGAAGAAAGUUCCAUCACCUCUUCAAGAGAAGGCAGCUUACGGAACAGCUUACUCUGUAAAGCAGCGUUGCCGUGAUACUUCUUCCAUUUUAAGAACUGCCGAAGUUAAUGGGCAAAAAGCUAGGAAUAGCCGUGGCCCUCUUGGUGAGAGACUAUGCAAGGGACAGGCAUGCUUUGCUCCGGGAGGUGGAAAGGCUGUGGUUUCUGGAAUAGCAGGGCAAAAGCACUCUGUCCUAAUGCAAAAGUCUAGAUACAAAGCAUGCAUACUAACCCAAACUCUCUCAUCCUAGCUUGUAAGUUAGUUGAGGUCUCCUCUCCAUCCAACCCCCAAAGCUAGUGGUUCUCGUGAUUAUGGGAGAAGGCAACAUAAAUGCAAGGGACUGGAAUGUACUAACUUAACAGAAUGGUAUGUCUGUCUAAACCAGAGGGUAGUAAAUGCCUGUGAACCAGGAUUUCAGGUCCUGGUUAAUGCAAAAUACCAUACAAAUGGGAAUAUUUACUUGUGGUGAAAAUAAACAGGUGCCUUAGGCUGGUCCAUCA